CACUUGACAAAAUAGCGACAUAAUUCAGGAUUAAUUACUUUUUAAUAAUAUUUUAACAUUUACGAGAAAAUGUGGUUCAAAUAAGUGUGAAGUAUGGCCGAGAUUUGGACCAAAAUCAGCUAUACUGGUUCCCGAGGGUGACAAAAUUCAAACUAAGUGCUUUUGUAGCUGACAUAAUUAUGACAUAAAUUAGGUAUAACUUUUGAACUGUGUCGAUAUGGGUCUCGGCCGUACUUCACACCCACCCUUCAAACUUAUGCUGAGCAAAUCUUGGUCUAUCCAUAAGACUUUUGAUGGUACGGUGUGAAUAUAUCCGCAUUGGGUUUCUACCCGAUACACUAGUUGACUUCUCUAAUUGUGAGAGUGUUGUUUUCUGCAGACUACUGUUUAAAAACAUUAAAUUAUAGCAAAUCUCUCCGUGUUUUGAAAAUUUAUUGCUCUGUUAUACGAAUUUACUCGACUAUUUAAAACUCGUCUAAAAAACAAAAACAAAAAUAAUAAAAAUGUCAAUUAUUCUAAAAUGUGCAGUAAAUAGCUGUCAGAGUGUUAAUAACAAGCUUUUUCGAUGUCCACAAUCUAGAAAUCAAUCAAAGAAAUGGAAGACAAUAUUAGGAGUGUCAGAUAAGGACUUCUAUGUCUGUGAAUUGCAUUUUGAUGCUCAAUUUAUAACUUAUGAAAAAGUUUUGAGUGAUCAAGCAGUUCCAACAAUAUUCAUCAAUGACAAGCUACUCGUUAAUCAAUACUGUGUAUGCUGCUCGAGUCUCAUUAAUGAGGGACAUCAGAUUGAUCAGUUGCAUCUAGAAAUCUACAGGAUGCUGUUUUAUAACUUUGAUCUUAAUGGAGAGUAUAUGUGCUCAAACUGUAAUGAAAAGAUGAUACAAAUCAGUGACUUUAUCAAGAUUGUCGAGGAUAAUCGGAGAAAUUUUGAGUCGAUGGAUUUCGAUUUGAAGGAACCGUUAAUAAAGAUUGAGCCUGAAGAGUAUGGCAUCGUCGAAGAAAAAGAAACUAAGCCAAUUGAACAUGAUACUAUUUUUGUAAAAACUGAAUAUUACAGUCAAUCAGAACAGGAAUUUGAAUCAGAAUCAGAAUCUAAUGAAAAGCCUAAAUCGAAACCAAAAAGAAUAAGAACGAGAAUGAGAAUUAGAACGUGUGAAAUCUGCAAGUUUACAAGUUUUGAUCGAGAUGAAUUUGUUAAGCACAUCAAAGUAAUUCAUGGAUCAGAUAGGAACACAGAUGAGCCUGAAUAUGAUUUAAAACUUGAAAUUGAUGAUCCUCAUGCAUUUGUUGGAAUCAAGCAGUCUAAAGAAUGUGAUAUUUGUAGAGAAGUCUUUACUGACAGACAACUGCUCAUUGAGCAUUUUAAGGCACAUUUUGAUAAGGAUAGAAUCUAUGUUUGCCCAUAUUGCGAAAAGAACUGUAAAGGAAUUGUCAUGCUUGGUUUUCACAAGAAUCUAAAUCAUAAAGAAAAUAAGUAUUAUUGUAUAUGUCAUAGAACUUAUGAUCGUGAAGUUGUCAUGAAGAGAUGCAAGAAAGUGCACCAAAAAACACUCGUUGACACAAAAUAUAUCUGCGAUGAAUGUGAUUCAUAUGUUGCAUUUGGUGACAGCUUAAGGCUUGGACAUCAUAAGACUAAAAUGCAUGGAAAUGGAACGAAAUAUUGGUGUACAGUAUGCUUAAAUUCGUAUUCAAAAGAGGACUUUAUUAAGUGUAUGAGGAAGCAUCGAGAUGUAAUUGCUACAAUUCCUAUAAAAUGCCCAGAUUGUGAGAAAACGAUGCAAUACCUACGAUUUAGAGAUCAUCAUAAAGAAAGACAUGUAGGUGUGAGGAAUGAAAUAUGUGAAGUUUGUGGACUUGUAUUUUCAUCAAAACCAGCGCUUAGCAUGCAUAAAAGAACUAAGCACGCAGCUCCUAAAAUCAAUAUAAUUUGCGAAUGUGAUAUUUGUGGAAAUACGUUAAAUUCAAAAGGCUCUUUAUUAGCUCACAUGAGUAAGCAUCGAAAUAACGAGACUUUUGAGUGUCCAAUAUGUUUAAAAAGAGAUAUACCUAUUUAUGAUGAUCAUAUGAGAAAGUACCAUCCAAACAAUUACGAUAGUGGAGUUCGAGUCAAUCCAUUAACAAAUCUUUAUCACUGUCCAACGUGUGUACAGAACUUUAGUAGCUUAAAAUUUUAUGAUCGACAUGUACAACGUAAUAACUGCUCCAUUGUCGGUGAAUGUGAAGUGGAUGUCACUAAGAAAGUCGGUUCUAGAACUGUAGGUCGUUUCCCUUGUAAAUCAUGUAAAUGUGUUUUGAAAUCAAUUCUUAGGCUUAAAGUACACAUGAAUCAAAUGCAUUCUGGCGAACUACAAUGUCCAGUCUGUAAUAAAAUGUAUAAGAAUAGGAAGCAACUUGGAAAGCAUGUACGAAGUCAACAUCAAAUGUCAAUGAGGGAUUUUAAUAAAGCGGAAGGAACCAAUUAGAGACAUUACUUAUUUAUCUAUGUGCUUUAUGUUUUAAUAAAAUUGUCUGGAUAAUUGAGAAUAAAGGUUUUCUAAUUUCAAAAUUGAAAACGUUACAAAUUAUGCGAUUUUGAUAACAUUUGUAAGU